AUGGCUACCGCGCUCACGCUCCUCGCGACGGCCUCCGCCUUCGUCGCGCCGCGGGCGCGCGCGCCGCUCACGCGCGUCGCCGCCGCGCCCGCCGACGCCGCGGAGACGCUCUUCGCGUCGCAGGAGGCGUCGAUGUCGAGCAUCAAGUCGGCCCUCAACCUGAUGGAGAAGGACUACCCCGCGAGCCUCGGCCUGGCGAGCUUCGCCCCCGCCACGGGCGGCGGCGGCACGCUGAAGUCCUACGAGGCGCCCGGCGACGACAACGUCGCGUGGGCGUCGGACCUCCGCGUCGCCGGCGGCGACGUCACCGUGAGCUCGCUUACCGUGUGGUGCGGCCCGCUCAAGGACGUGCCGCACCUCGUCGCGCGGACGACGGUCACGGCGGACGCCGUGGAUGUGUACGUCGACUUCCGCCCGCGCGCGGCCGUGGGCUACGAGACCGCGCUGCCGGACGGGUCGUUCCCGGAACCGGACAGCCGCGACGCGUUCAUGGCCCGGGGCAAGCGCGACGACCUGGAGAAGCGCUUCUACGGCGGGCUCCGGGACUGGCGCGCGGGCGUCGCCGGCGCGCCGAAGCCCGCGCCCGCGAGCGAGACGGAAGCGCUCAUGCGGUCGCCCGUCGCCGUCGACGUGUCGCUGCCCGCGGGCGCCGACAGCGUCGCGACGGCCGCGGCGCUCUGCGCCGACGCGGCCAAGACCUUCCUCGCCUGGACGGCCGAGGACCACGCGCUCAAGCCGGGCAUGCAGGUCACGUCGACGUACGCGCGCGACACGAAGCUCCGAUCGAACAACUACGGCCUCCUCCUCGACACCUACGGCGCGCUCUUCGGCGCCGACGGCCAGAACAUCGCCGCGGGCGACGCCGGGCCGCUGGACGAGGCCUACGUCGGCGGCGCGUCCUGA